CUAGUCUCCCCUCCUCCUUUCCCUACCCCCACGUCCACAAAAACAAAAACACAUUCUCUCUCUCUCUCUCUCUCAUUCUUUCUCCUCCCAUUAGCCCCCUCUUCAACUGUCAUUUUCUCACAUAUACUUCACACAAAAGAAACAACCAUUCACUUCAUACCUUGUCAUUUCUUCCUCUCUCUCUCUCCCCAUCUCUUCUGUACUCUCUUUUCUCUCAGUCCCUUCUGCAACUACUCCUCUCCCUUCCUCACCCCCCUUAAUUCCUUUCACUCUCCCAAAUCUACCCCUCAAACAUAAAAAACAUAUCAAAAACACACCCGGAAUUCUCUCUGUUUUCUCUGCUCCAAAUUCAGCAGAAACAAAAACACCCCACUUCAGAAUCAUAAUCAACCGGGCUAAAGAUAGCUGCUUUUGGAAGGUUUUUUGAGGUUGUGUUUUUGUGUGUUGUGCAAAAAAACAAGGGGAAAGAAAAGGAUGGAGCUUUUUCCAGCACAACCAGACUUAUCCCUACAAAUCAGCCCACCAGAUAGCAAACCCUCUUGGAGGAGCAAUAAUACUACUACACAAGACGACAUGGAUUUGGGGUUUUGGAAAAGAGCUUUGGUGGACUCAAGAAACACAACCUUUUCUUCUUCUUCUUCUUCAUCAAUGGCGGCCUCAAAAGCAACCCAUCAUCAUCAUCACGAUAACUUGUUUGAGCUUUCCUUAUCUAACAACAAUACUAUUAGUGGUAGUAAUAAUAACCAUCAUCAAAGGGUUUCUUCUUUUCCUCAUCUUCAUCAUCAACAUCAUCAGAUUAAUCACCAUAACAGUACUAAUCUCAUCAUCCCUUCUUUUGAGCAAAACCAGUAUCCUUAUCUCCACCAUCAAACAGCUUCUGGGCUAAUAACCCAUCCGGAAUUCGGGUUCUUGAGACCCAUUAGAGGAAUCCCAGUUUACCAAAACACUAGUAAUAAUAGUACUCCAACAACUCCUUCUUAUCCCUUUGUUCACCAUCAUCAAAAUCAUCAUCAGCAACAACAACAGUCUUUAGACAACAACAGCAGUGUUAUUUCUUCUGCAAUAACUAAGGCUUGUUCGAACAACUUUAAUCAUCAUAAUCAAACUGGGUUCAUGAGGUCGAGGUUUUUGUCGAGGUACACUGCAAAAAGAAGCAUGAGAGCUCCCAGGAUGAGAUGGACAACCACCCUUCAUGCCCGUUUUGUUCAUGCUGUUGAGCUCUUGGGCGGCCAUGAAAGAGCUACACCCAAGUCAGUUCUUGAGCUAAUGGAUGUGAAAGAUCUCACCUUGGCUCAUGUUAAAUCUCACUUGCAGAUGUAUAGAACGGUGAAGACAACAGAUAGAGCAACAGCUUCUUCAGGACAUUCGGAUGUUUAUGAAAACGGGUCGUCUGGGGAGAAUUCUGAGGAUUUGAUGGUAGAAGUUCAGAACUCAAGGAAGCCUGAAAUGUCUGUCCAACAAGGCAGGCAAGAUAUGCAGCAAGACAAAGAGUAUUGUGCUGGCCUUUGGAGCAACUCCUCAAGAGAAGCUUGGCUACAUGGCAAAAUGAUGGAUUCUUUUGAGAACAUACCAUCUCCUGAGAAGGAUUAUGAGGAAGCAGCAAAAUGCACAAGCUAUGACAGAAUAUCAGCAGAGCUGAGCUCAUCAAGCAUAACAGAGUCAAGAAGCCCCAAGAAGAAACCCAAUUUGGAGUUUACCUUGGGAAGACCACAUUGAAGAGAAAAAAGUUUCAAUCUUUACUCCAAAACAAAUGAAAUGAAAUUUUAUGAAGCUAAGCUCUCUCUCCUCUGUCUCUGCUGCUGGCUGGAUGGAUGGGAUAGUACGUACUACUCAUUUUGAAAUCAUUAAAAACAUCUCUGACCAAAAGGAAGGAGGGAAGCAGCUGAAAGACUGAGAGAGAAUCAGGUGCUCUCAAGAAUUAAAUGAAUGAGAGAUGAC